CCUUACGGGUGGUUAAAUUCGUUAUUGUUUCAUCAAACACUUGAAUACUGCCUACAUCGUUGGAGAAGAGUAGAAUGCAGUUCAAGACAUGUCAAAUACAACAUUUUUUCGUCGUAUAUUUAAAACCAUGGAAACUUCGGAAUAUUAUUAUGUGGAACCUUACACGUACCCGUUUUGUCAAAGAAUGUAACCUUUCAUACGGCGACAUAAGUGCAAAUGAGUUUUAAGUCCCUAACUGAAAUUGAAAAUCAUGCCUGAAUUAAUUUAAAAGGUGAUCGUUCAUUUCAAUGCGUAACCGUUCAGCUUGACAUAUGUUCAAAUAAAGCUUGUAAAAUGUUAUUUUUCGUUCAGAAUUUUAAUUAGCAGGAAUAAAGAGCAAUUUAGACACAAACCAUAUCCUCAAUAGCUGCGAAGGAUGCCUAUCAUCAGUUUGACGAUGUUUUGGAGAUUAUUUGCUGCCUUGCUGUUUCUGAUGCUAAUCAUGCUAUCUAAUUUCUCCCUCGCACUUACAAGUCACAAGUUAGAAAGGUAUAUUGAUCGCACAAUAAAGUCAUUAGAAAACGUUGUCGGCUUCUACGUGAACAAUGUUGACAAAGUGAAUUUAGAUUCUAUCUACGGCCUCCGUGUUGGUCAGGGUGCCAUAGCCAGUAUUCUUCUCCAUGAUAAUCAUCGUUUUCACAAAUUGAAAUCCUUGCAUAACGUCAUGAAGAAUACCGCUGAAAAAUCGCUUCCAUAUUUGAAGGAAUACCAACGCAACUAUUUUAAUAUGUUUAAACCUAUCGUGGAGAAACCAUGGAAAUUAUUCUCUGGCUUUAGACAAGUGAAAAACAUGGCAUUAACGUUUUCCACUAAGUCUAAUGCUAAGUCUAAACAUUUUACACAGCACUUUACUGAAAAAAUAUCAGAUAAAUGUAUGACGGAGAUGACUGGAACUAGUGCUCAUUCGCACAAUCCUUGCAAAGUAUCGUUAGACUGUCUGAAGCUCAUGACAAGCAAUGAAUUGCGAGGUUAUGGAAAUACACACCAGAUAUUAUAUUUUCUCGUUGGAUUGCAAACUGGAUGUCGUCAUAUUAUUGAAAAGGAAUUCCAGAAAUUCCAUGGAUAUCUCAAGCAAAACCAUAUCUUCAAUGUUGAUGACUUUUUCGAAAAGAAGUGUGCGCAGAUCUUUGUGGAAAUGAAAAAACUUAGUAAGAACGUUGUGAUGGGUUACAAUACUGAUUUAUUCAUGGAGCAAGGUUUGGUAUGCGCAAUUCUGGGAUUUGAAAAUUUCCUCGAUCCUACAACACUUGAAAAUAUCUUCAUUUGGCAAGAUAAAGAGCUUGGUUGUUUUGGAAGGAUGAAAACUAAUUCUCAGACUUUGAUGCAACUCAAUUACUCUCGCGAAUCACAAUGAGAAAGAUUUUGUACGACAGAACACUUGACAAUGGUUGUUCUUCACACGAAACAGGCGUGGCAACAGGUCUACUUGGUGUUUACUUACGUUGGUUACUGCUU